AUGGAGAGUCACUAUGACCACCACGAGGCGGUCGCCGACCAGCUUCCGCCAGAGCUGGAUCAUCUGAAGUUAAACGCGACCGACGCGGAACGCGGGAGCCCGCAAGUAAAGGCAGAAGCCGACCGGACGCCAACGCCUCCCCUCUCAGCCAUCCCACCGCGGCUCAAAACCUCCGGGUCACGAUCUCAGUCGCCCACUUACAAGAAGCAGGAAGAGUCCGAUUCUCCAUCGCCGGCCAAUAGCGUGCAGGAGGAGACGCUUGGCGGAGACAUCACCCUUAUGGUUGAGCCAGGCAAAGCCCCCAAGCUGUCGCGGGCAGCUUCACGCACCGUCAAGCGCGCACCGCCGCUGUAUCUCGACCUCCCCGAUUCCACUCAAGACGCGAAACAGACCUUCGAGGUCCUGCCACAAUGUACAUAUGCAAACAAGCACAUCGGCACCACCGACCCUGCCCUCGAAUGCGAUUGUGGGGAGGAGUGGGACGCCGUCGAGAAAGUCAACAACGCCUGCGGCGAGGACUCGGAUUGCAUCAACCGCGCCACCAAGAUGGAGUGCGUGGCCGACGGCUGCAGCUGCGGUACCAAGUGCCAGAACCAGCGCUUCUUCCGGAAGCAAUAUGCGGACGUCACGGUGAUCAAGACCGCGAAGAAGGGGUUCGGCCUACGUGCCAACCAGGACAUGUUCCCGGGCGACUUCGUCUUCGAAUACAUCGGAGAGGUCAUAGACGAGAGGACAUUUCGACGCCGCAUGAUUCAGUAUGACGAGGAAGGCAUCAAGCACUUCUACUUCAUGUCCCUCACCAAGGGCGAGUUCGUGGAUGCUACCAAAAAGGGCAACCUCGGCCGCUUUUGCAACCAUUCCUGCAACCCAAACUGCUUCGUUGACAAAUGGGUCGUGGGCGACAAGUUGCGCAUGGGCAUCUUCGUCGAGCGGAAAGUCAAAGCCGGCGAGGAACUGGUCUUCAACUACAACGUCGACCGAUACGGCGCCGACCCACAGCCUUGUUACUGCGGCGAACCCAACUGUACCGGCUAUAUCGGCGGAAAGACACAGUCCGACAACGCGACCAAGCUAUCACACGCUACGAUCGAAGCCCUUGGUAUCGAUGAUGGAGAUGGUUGGGACACAGCGGUCGCUAAGAAGCCGCGCAAGAAGAAGGUCAGCGAGGAUGAUGAGGAGUAUGUCAAUGAUCUCAAGCCUCGAUCGCUGGAGGAUGAUGGCGUCCCCAAAGUCAUGGCAGCAUUGCGGCAAUGUACCGAGAAGUGGAUUGCUGUCAAGCUGCUGAGCCGCAUACAGCAAACAGACAACGAGCGAGUUGGACAUCGCAUAAUACGCAUGCACGGUUACGAGACGCUCAAGAAGACCUUGACGACUUUUAUGGACGACUUCAACGUUGUGCAGCAGGUUCUCGACAUUCUUCACAACCUUCCUCGAAUCACACGGAACAAGAUUCAGGACUCCAAGAUCGAGGAGGCCGUUGAGCAACUGAAGACUUGCGGAAACGAGCAAGUCCAGGAAUCAGCAAGUGAACUGUUGAAUGCUUGGAGCAAGUUGGAGGUUGCAUACCGGAUACCGCGCAUGAAGAGAGAUCCGAAUGCCGGCACACCUGCCCGCACCGAAAACCACUUUGAGCGGCGAGAACGGGGCCGAGAACGUUCAAGAUCAAGAUCGAAGUCCCCUUCACUGAUUGCACCUAAGGGUCCGGCUGCGGCAGUUCCGUCUGGCCCUCGUGGUGUCGUGAAUGUGCCGCGUGGACCAAGUGGUUUCUUCAACGCCCCACGUCCUGCCCCACGUCCUCGACCGUUUAACCCCUUACCUCCCGGUUGGUUCCAAGCUACUUCCGACAACGGCUCAACAUACUACUACAACACCGCUGGUACAACGCAAUGGCUACGCCCGACCCAAGCUGCGAACCAGCCACCGCCACCUCCACCAAAGGCCAAGACUGACACACAACUACUGCAAGACAUCAUUUCUAGCAUCACUUCAAAUGCUACGCCUACUGGACCAUCGGCAUCGUCUACACCACAGCCCACUGGAGAUGAGCAGAAGGAGAAGAAAACGAAGAGUGAGAAGUGGAGAAGCCUGCCUCAGGAAAAGCAGGAGAAAAUCUACGAAGCUACACUCUCUCAUCACGUUAUGAACGUAGCUGCUCAUUACCGGAAGAAAUUGGAGAAGGACGACAUCAAACGACUCUCCAAAGAGGUAGCGAAAAAGCUCGUUCGAGGUGAUUACAAAUCUGGACGCGUCAAGGAUCCGACGGCCAAGCUGAGUUCCCGGCACGAGAAGACUGUUAAGAACUACGUCAAAGAGUUCAUGGACAAGGCUGUGAAGAAGAAAGAAGAACGAGACAAACAAAAGGCCGCUCGAGCUGCUGAUGGUAGAGCUGGAUCUCCGUCAGCCGAAAAAGAGAUAGUCGACAUUGAGGAAGUCGAGUGGGACGACGACAUGAUGGACAUCCAUAAAGACAUUGCUGCCUCAAAAGACGCUUCGCCCACGGAUUCAUCAUCUGAGCUAAAGCGCAAGCGGGAAGGAGAGGAGGAUCCAGGUUCGCCAAAGAAGACGCGGAAAAGUACUGACGGGCUAGCAUCCGCACCGCCGCCGCCGCCACCACCACCUCCUGCCAGCAACGUGGUUGAGAUAGAUCAAGAGUAUGUUCUCCUAACGACUGGGAUCGGGCAUGACAGCAGCCAUGGCAUUGCCAUCAACAGCAAAGUAGGGCUACAGGAGAACGGGUAUCCGAGCCCAGUGCAACUGGCUACGCCAUCGACAAACGGUUCGCAUCAAGCGGAACAAAAAACGGCAUUCGACGAUUGUGCAUGA